UUCCGAAACAAACGUCUCCUUCCAUACUCAUGCUCUCCCCCAGUUUCCGGAAUAUCACUGCUAAGCUUUAUACAAGAGAAAAUGGACUCCUGAGAUUGCCCACUAUUAUCCCAAGCGAAAUCCGUAGUGUUUUUUUUUUAGAAACCACGUUGAAGUACGUCCAAAUAAGGCACUCACAGACUCGACAGCUGGAUCCUGGUCGCGGAACCUUGACCUCUCUCCAUUUCUGUAUCGAUGGAGGGGUCUGACGGCUCAGAGCAAAGUGGCAGUGACCAGUCAGAAACACAGCGGCGAAGACAGCUGGACCGCCUGGACAGGGAAGAGGCCUUCUACCAGUUUGUCAAUAAUCUUAGCGAUGAGGAUUAUCGCCUCAUGAGGGACAACAACCUUUUGGGCACCCCAGGUGAGGUAACGGAGGAUGAACUUUUGAGUCGACUUCAACAAAUUAAAGAUGGUCCAGAGCCGCCGAACAGCAGCCCCAGCACUGAAACUGGAGAAGCCACUGGUGGUGAAACCCCAGGGGGAUCAGAGGACUCCUCCAACGGUGACACGCUGCUGGACUGGCUGAACACGGUACGGCGCACGGGGAACACCACGAGAAGUGGUCACCGCGGCAACCAGUCAUGGCGGGCCGUGAGCCAGACGAACCCGAACAGCGGCGACUUCCGCUUCAGCCUAGAAAUCAACGUGAAUCGCAACCUGGCCGAGCAGCAGGCAGCAGCCGCGGCGGAGGGCGGGCAGGAGACCCCGGAGGCUCCAGGGGCCCCAGGGGAGGUCGCGGCAGCCGGGGUGCCUUCAGCAGCUGUGCCUGCAGCAGGAGUAACUGCAGUAGGGGUGACUGCCGCAGGUGUGACUUCAGCAGCCGGGCCUGCAGCAGCAGUUGUUCCUGCAGUAAGGGGGACUGCCGCAGGUGUGCCUGCAGCAGGUGUGCCUGCAGUAUGUGUAAUUGCCGCAGGUGUGACUGCAGCAGGAGCGCCUGCAGCAGGGCUGACUGCACCAGUACUACUUCCACCAGCGGUGCCUGCACCACCAGUGCCUGAGGCCGAGGCUGAGCCGGAGCCACAGGCUGUGUCCAUGGAGGUGGAGGAGGUGGUUGAGGAACCAGUCGUAGAAGAGUUGGCUGUUAUAGUGGAGCCAGAGCCUGAAUUUGAAGAUGCUGUGAUGCAGGAGGUGCUACCAGAACCCCCGAUCCCUGCCCCCACCGAGCCCCCGGUCCAGUCCCCCCCUAGCCCCCCCCAACGUCGAGCACAAAGGAGAGCCCGCAGUCCAAGCCCAGAACCUCGCAGAACCAGGGCUCGCACAGCCCGGAGUCGCUCCCCUCUCAGCCUAGAGCGGCUGGACGGUCUUCCUCACCUUCGCCAUGCCCCCCGCCCCGUCCCGGCCCCUGUGGCACCUGCCGAGGGCAGCUCUAGGACUCGACAACACGUGCCCUCUAGGCAGAGCAAUCCCGAGUACGAAGCGCUGCCGGCAGCGGCGGAGGCAGUGCCCGCGGCGGAGGCUCCGAGUGCAGGUCCUCCAGAAGGAGAGGCCGCGGGUGCAGAAGGGGGGGCAGGGGGUCGACGGCCUCCCACCAUCAUGCUGGACCUCCAGGUGCGUCGCGUGCGGCCAGGCGAGUACCGCCAAAGAGACAGCAUUGCGAACCGCACGCGCUCCCGCUCCCAGAACUCAAACAAUACCUUCCUGUACGAGAGCGAACGGGGCGGCUUUCGUAGGACCUUCUCGCGCUCUGAGCGCGCUGGCGUGAGGACCUACGUCAGCACCAUUCGCAUCCCCAUCCGGAGGAUCUCUGACGCCGGCCUGGGCGAGGCAACCUCCAUGGCGCUCCAGUCGAUGAUCCGUCAGAUCAUGACCGGCUUCGGUGAGCUCAGCUACCUCAUGGACUCCGACUCCGAGUCCUCGGACUCAAACCGCGGAGCCGGCACGCCCGCAGAACCGACCGAGACCCUCAACAACCCAGAAGGCGCGAGCGCGCCUGUGGCGGAGGAGCCACCCGUGGGCGCCGUUAGUGCAGGGGAGGCUCGGACAGCGGAAAGGGACUUAGAGGAAGGCCUGACCUCCGGCCCGGCCGGGAGGGAAGGCGGUGUUGGGGGCGGAGGCGGGGGCUUCAGGGCUCGGCCCAGACCCCCCAUCAGCAUGGAGGAGCCCAGCUCUCUGCCGUUCCUCCGGCUCGCCCACUUCUUCCUCCUCAACGACGACGACGAGGACCAGCCGCAGGGGUUGACCAAAGAGCAGAUCGACAACCUCGCGAUGCGUAACUUUGGCGAGAGCGAUGCCCUGAAGACUUGCAGCGUGUGCAUAACGGAAUACGCGGAGGGCAACAAGCUGCGGAAGCUGCCCUGCUCCCACGAGUACCACGUGCACUGCAUCGACCGCUGGCUCUCGGAGAACUCCACCUGUCCCAUCUGCCGCCGGGCGGUGCUCGUGUCGGCCAACAGGGAGAGCGUGGUUUAAUGUAAUGUACCAGAGCUGCAGUGUAGAUACAGCGGGCGGUGGCACUCUGAAGAGUCCUGUGGGCCUUCCUCUUCAUUCAGUUAGGGUAUCUAAUGCCUCAUUUCUGUGACAGGUGGUUGGGAAAUUAUUCCCCAGCUUUGGUUAUUUUAAUUUUAUUUCCCCCCCACGUAUUUGUAUCCCCCCCCCCCCCCAAAAUGCAGUGAUGAGUGGUGGCUCCGGAUGCCUGGCAGAAUAGUGUCGGCGGUUAUGUCUUAUGGUUAGGCGGCGGUGCAUCUCCGGUAUUUAUUAACCAAAAUUUUGUUUUUAUUCUUAGUGAUCCGCUUCUUUUCCCCAUUGUCCUAAGCCAAGGCGCUCUAUCCCAGGGUCGGUCCGUUUUGUCUCUUAAUGACAGAAUAAUUACUUUACAGGGACUACAAACCAGCUUGUAGUUUCAGCACUUCAUAUUAUAAAAUAUUUUGUAUUAGCGCUCAUAUGUGCCUAAUAGACCGUGACUAUUAUUUAUUCCCAUGAGUUUGAAAGUGUUUUGAAACUAUUUUUUCACUGCAUGCAUUUAAGAAGAGUCAUCGCCUGAAAGUCAAAAGUAAAAAAAUUGAAGAGAUACUUUCCAUCAAUAUAACGGUGUUUUGGUUGUGAGAGCGAUGGGAGUGGGAUUGGAGUAUAUGGGUCAUGAAUCAGAGUAUCCCAUAGUUUUUCAUAUCUAUAAAUACUCAGAUUUACACGGAGCUGACUAAACAUCUACUUGGACAUGGAACUCCUAAAGGAUGCUAUGUACUGUCAAUUUCCCUUCAUCUGUCAAAUGAAUGAAAGAAAGAAAGCAUCAAUAUUUUUUUGAGAGGCAUGAACUGUCAAAUGUCAAAGCUUGAUGAAUUCUUUUAAAUACAAAAUGUAGAAGGUUGUACAGUAUUUGGGGCAAGACGUGCAAAAAGGUUAUUUUGGAAUGUUUGAGUUUAUUUUGGGAUCUUAUUGCAUCUUUAUACACCAUCACGUACAAUUAUUUCCAUUUCUGCAAUUAGAGAUGUUCCAAUACAUGCAUUAAUUUAACACCAGGUUUUAAAAUAAGGGGUUAGAUUUUUCUUUGUUACUAAGGUCAAGUAUCAAGAGUAGAUCAGAACAAGUACUUUCCAUCUACUUUCUGCAGAAAAAUACAUUAUGGGAUGUUUCCCGUCACACGUGUUGGUUCUCUUCAAUAUAGAAGACUGUUUUCAAACAUCUCGUUCCCAUCACCUUGAUACUGCCAUAAUUCUUUGUAGCUGUGUAAAAAGAAUGUAUUGGAAAUUGUUCUCAGACUUUAAAAUAAAGUAGUCUGAAUCGGUAAUGGCAUAAAGUGCUAUUUGUGUAUCUCUAGCUACAUGAAAUGAAGUGUCGGUAGGCCUGUCCGACGGCCGGUUGGGUUCAGGUCCUACCUCAGUGUACCAUUCUUCCAUUCCUAACCUGAGAUGUUUUGAGUGUAAAAUUUCUUCCUUCCGGAAGACCCUUAAGAUGUUUACUCACUCUGUUCCCGUACUGCUUCACGUGUGAAUGCUCCAUAUCUGGAAUGUCGGUGUGCAAUACUUAAAGAAAAAAACACGAAACCUGAAAUUAGAUAAACACAAACCAUAAUAUAAAUGUGUAUAGUAUUCCUUAACUAUUGUAGACUGUUAAGAUCGCUUAAAUAAAUACUUGUUACUUUU